CUCCCGCCUCGGCCGCCUGUGUGGCUAAUCCCCCCCCCAUCUGGACCAUGGCCGACGACGACGUGCUGUUCGAGGAUGUGUACGAGCUCUGCGAGGUGAUCGGCAAGGGUCCGUUCAGUGUUGUGCGACGAUGUAUCAACAGAGAGACUGGGCAACAGUUUGCUGUAAAGAUUGUCGAUGUGGCAAAGUUCACUUCAAGUCCGGGAUUAAGUACAGAAGAUCUAAAGAGGGAAGCAAGUAUCUGCCACAUGUUGAAACAUCCUCAUAUUGUUGAACUUUUGGAGACAUACAGUUCUGAUGGAAUGCUUUAUAUGGUUUUCGAAUUUAUGGAUGGUGCAGAUCUCUGCUUUGAAAUUGUAAAGAGAGCAGAUGCUGGUUUUGUAUACAGUGAAGCUGUAGCCAGCCAUUACAUGAGACAGAUACUGGAAGCACUACGAUAUUGUCAUGAUAAUAACAUAAUUCACAGGGAUGUGAAGCCACACUGUGUGCUACUUGCCUCAAAGGAAAAUUCAGCACCUGUAAAACUUGGAGGUUUUGGCGUUGCUAUUCAAUUAGGGGAAUCUGGACUCGUAGCCGGAGGCCGGGUAGGAACACCUCAUUUUAUGGCCCCAGAAGUAGUAAAAAGAGAGCCUUAUGGAAAGCCCGUAGAUGUGUGGGGCUGUGGAGUGAUCCUUUUUAUUCUGCUUAGUGGUUGUUUGCCUUUUUAUGGAACAAAGGAAAGGUUAUUUGAAGGCAUUAUCAAAGGAAAGUAUAAGAUGAAUCCCAGGCAGUGGAGCCAUAUUUCUGAAAGUGCCAAAGAUCUGGUACGGCGCAUGCUUAUGCUGGACCCAGCGGAAAGAAUAACAGUUUAUGAGGCACUCAACCAUCCUUGGCUGAAGGAACGUGAUCGCUAUGCAUACAAGAUUCACCUUCCAGAAACUGUGGAACAGCUGAGGAAAUUCAACGCAAGAAGAAAAUUGAAGGGUGCAGUACUAGCAGCAGUAUCAAGCCACAAAUUCAAUUCUUUCUAUGGUGAUCCCCCUGAAGAACUGCCAGACUUCUCUGAAGACCCUACCUCCUCAGGACUUCUAGCCGCAGAAAGAGCAGUUUCUCAAGUGUUGGACAGCCUAGAGGAAAUCCAUGCACUUACAGAUUGCAGUGAAAAAGACUUAGAUUUUUUACAUAGUGUUUUCCAGGAUCAGCAUCUUCAUACACUACUAGAUCUUUAUGACAAAAUUAACACAAAAUCAUCACCACAAAUCAGGAAUCCGCCAAGUGAUGCUGUACAGAGAGCCAAAGAGGUAUUGGAAGAAAUUUCAUGUUACCCUGAAAAUAGUGAUGCAAAAGAACUUAAACGUAUUUUAACACAACCUCAUUUCAUGGCCUUACUUCAAACUCAUGAUGUGGUGGCACAUGAAGUUUACAGUGACGAAGCAUUAAGAGUUACACCUCCUCCCACCUCUCCAUAUUUAAAUGGAGAUUCACCUGAAAGCAUCAAUGGUGACUUGGACAUGGAGAAUGUAACAAGAGUACGAUUAGUUCAGUUCCAGAAAAACACAGAUGAGCCCAUGGGAAUCACUUUAAAAAUGAAUGAGCUGAACCACUGUAUUGUUGCAAGAAUUAUGCAUGGAGGAAUGAUUCACCGGCAAGGUACGCUUCAUGUGGGUGAUGAAAUUCGGGAAAUAAAUGGUAUCAGCGUAGCAAAUCAAACAGUGGAACAGCUACAAAAAAUGCUUAGGGAAAUGCGAGGUAGUAUCACCUUCAAGAUUGUACCAAGUUAUCGCACUCAGUCUUCUUCAUGUGAGCAAACAAACUGGGACAAAUACUAUAGAGAUUCCCCCUCUACAUCCAGACAGUCCCCAGCUAAUGGUCAUAGCAGCAUUAACAAUUCUGUUUCGGACUUGCCAUCGACAACACAACCAAAAGGACGACAGAUAUACGUAAGAGCACAAUUUGAAUAUGACCCAGCAAAGGAUGACCUUAUUCCCUGCAAAGAAGCUGGAAUCAGAUUCAGAGUUGGUGAUAUAAUCCAAAUUAUUAGCAAAGAUGAUCAUAAUUGGUGGCAGGGUAAACUAGAAAAUUCAAAAAAUGGAACUGCUGGCCUCAUUCCUUCUCCUGAGCUUCAGGAAUGGCGGGUAGCUUGUAUUGCUAUGGAGAAGACUAAACAGGAGCAACAAGCAAGCUGUACUUGGUUUGGAAAGAAAAAGAAGCAAUACAAAGACAAAUACUUAGCAAAGCACAAUGCAGGGAACCAACACUCCUUUGUAUUGGCCUCUCAGGCUCCAAGAAGAAUUGGUCAGCAUCCUCACACAACCCGUCAUUAUCUUGUCACAUAUGAAGAAGUAGUAAAAUUGCCAGCAUUCAAAAGGAAAACACUAGUCUUACUAGGAGCACAUGGUGUUGGGAGAAGACAUAUAAAAAAUACACUAAUCACAAAACAUCCAGACAGAUUUGCAUACCCUAUUCCACAUACAACCAGACCACCAAAGAAAGAUGAAGAGAAUGGAAAGAAUUAUUACUUCGUAUCACAUGACCAAAUGAUGCAGGACAUUUCCAACAAUGAAUAUUUGGAAUAUGGUAGCCAUGAAGAUGCCAUGUAUGGGACAAAACUGGAAACGAUACGGAAGAUCCAUGAACAGGGAUUAAUUGCAAUACUUGAUGUAGAACCACAGGCCCUGAAGGUUCUGAGGACUGCAGAGUUUGCUCCUUUUGUUGUUUUUAUCGCUGCACCUACAAUUACCCCAGGCAUUCAUGAGCUGCCAAAAUGGUGCAGAAAGCUGCCUGAUGAAUCUCUUCAGCGCUUGCAAAAGGAAUCUGAAAUCUUGCAGAGAACAUAUGCACAUUACUUUGAUCUUACAAUUAUCAACAAUGAAAUUGAUGAAACAAUCAGGCAUCUGGAGGAAGCCAUUGAGCUUGUCUGUACAGCGUCGCAGUGGGUUCCCGUCUCCUGGGUGUACUAGUCUUAUCACUAGAAGAAUUUCGUCAUUACUGGGAACCGCCUCAUACAUGGAACAACCUCUUUGUUGCUGACCUCAUGUCAGCAGGUCUUGGGCCCCUAGAGACUACCUAGAUGUAGUGUGACCUAAAUUUAUAAUUAUCGUCAUGUCCUUAUAGAUAGGAGGAGAAAACGCUAAUUUAAAGAGACAGUAUCUUUUUUAAUCAGUUCUCCUAAACUUUAUUAAAAUGUAUCUUUAAAUAUAUGUAUUAUUCAAUCCUUUGGAAUGUUAUAUUUUUGGAAAUCAUAGCUUUUAAUUUCAAAGGCCCCUAAAACUGCACAAAAUAGAUGCUGCUUUCUAUAAUCUAUUUUAAUAAUAAUAUGAUCUGUUACUUGGGGUGGAACACUACGUUCUUUUUAGAGUCUGAUUUUGUGAAUUGGAAUACCUUGCUUCCUUUAUUUAUUUGAAAUUAUUAGCCCAGUUAUGGAUGAGAAAAAUUAUUAAAUUCUAAUGGCCUUUCUUCGCUUUUUAAUUUAAUUUUAUUUUUAGAAUAGCAUUUGAAGUACUUUCAUGUAAUAUCCAAAUAAUGUGAUACUGUCUCUUUGAAGAACUCUGUAAAACGUAUAGAGAUUUGAAGUUGGGUCUUGACUCUUAAUGCAUGUGGGCAGUCACAAGCGUUCAUGCUGUUGGUGUAUCUGUGUUGAAAAAAAAACUGUAAUCUACAGCAAAGUACAUUCCGUUCAUGGGGGGAAAGUACCUAAGGGAAUAAAAUUCAAUAUUAUGACUAAGUUGUAAAACCUAUGCACAUCCCUUGCAUUUUGGGCAACUUUAUAAACAAAAAUCCUAAUUUUUAUUAAUAAUCAUGUAGUGAAAUGUGUUUGUAAUUUUGUCUCAAUUUAAUUUGUUGUAAAGGUGGGAGGGGGAAAAUUACUGGUUUUGCCAUUUCAGAUCUGUGUUGUCUGAGAGUAUUAACGUUUUAAUUACGUUUAAGCAAAGAAAUGCUGAUUUUUAAUAUGUAUGUAAUUGUUUUGAAAAUGCACACAUUUUAAAAGAAAAUACUGUGCUAUGAAGAAACCAGUUUAGACACUGCGAUAAACUAACAAUUCCAAAAGACUCAUCUGCAGCAGCCCUGUAAAUUUCUUUAAACGGUAAAUGACUCUACAGUCUGACCAAUUUUUUAUUUUAAAUAUACUUCCUUUUAUGUGUUCAAAAAUUAAA